UUAUAACAGUUGCGUCUGAUCGUUCCUAAAUUACAGAUUCAUAGGUUUUCUGACUAUUAAUACCUAUCCAAUGAAAAAAAUCGUGGUGCUACUAAGUGUUAUCAUAGUGAGUGUGAGAUCACAUAAUGAUGAGGACAACGUUGGGGAAUUGUCAACAAAAGGAAACGACAUAUCACAAAAAUCAUUUCAUCACGGAAUGAACCAACCCAACCGAGACUCCAUAACCAUUGUUCAAGCAAUAGUGAAGGGAACCGCCCUUUUGCCCUGUGACCUCUCUUCACCAGUUCCCAACGACAACGCACUACUUGUUGUAUGGUAUAAAAAUGAACAUACUCCAAUAUACAGCUACGACACGCGCGGACCAUACAGCAAACUGGCCAAGCACUGGCAGGAGAAAAGCCUGGACACCAGGGCCUUCUUCCGCACUAUGACGGAAACACCGACGCUGAGCCUGGACAGUGUCAAUGAAAUGGAUGAGGGUGAUUAUACGUGUCGCAUCGAUUAUUUACGUUCUCCGACGAAAAACUUCCGGGUCAGACUGAUCGUUAUUGUACCUCCACAAAAGCCCAAAAUCAUUGGUGAAAACGGAAAUGAAGUAUCUUCAGUAGCUGGACCAUACGAAGGAGGGGAAGAUGUCAAAUUGACUUGCAUAGUCAGUGGAGGAAAACCUCAACCGUACAUAACGUGGUGGAAGGGAGACAAACCGAUCAAAGGUACAGAGACAAGGAGCGGUUUUCAGAACGUUCUCUCGAGUCAGCUCACCAUCCGGGGUCUCUCCAGGUCUGACCUCCAUACCGCAAUCACGUGCAAAGCCUCCAAUAACAAUAUAAGCCAGCCUGUGUCGACCACAACCACACUCGACAUACAAUUUCAACCCCUGGGCGUGGAAAUCUUCGGCAUGAAUAAUCCCCUCUCUGCGGAGCGGCAGUACGAGAUCCCGUGCCAAACGUACGGCUCCAGGCCGUCCGCACAAAUAACCUGGAUUAUGGACGGCAAGGAGCUGAAGCCCCCCAGAUUCAACUAUACGCAAUCGGAUUCCACAGAUGGAAACGUGACAACGUCGACGCUGACCUUCGUCCCGACGCGGCUGGAGAACGGACGCUCGUUAAGCUGCCGGGCGUCGAACCAUUUCGUUAGAAAUGGCGUGAAAGAAGCUUCCGUCAAAUUGAACGUUUUCUAUGCGCCAAUACCGAUGCUGACGCUGGGAUCGAACCUAAAUCCUGAUGAUAUCGAAGAAGGGGAUGACGUCUACUUCGAGUGCAAGGUGAACGCAAACCCUUGGGCUUACAAAGUCCUCUGGAAACACAACGGAAAAGUCAUGCAGCAUGACCAAAAAGGGGGAAUAAUUAUCAGCUCCAGUGAUUUGGCGCUCCAAGGAAUCACGAAGGGUCAAACGGGAAAUUACUCUUGUAUAGCUUCCAAUGUUGAGGGCGAUGGAGAAAGUAAUGUUGUAUCUCUCAAAAUCAUGUAUAAGCCGACCUGCGUGGCCGACCAGAAGCGGAUUUACGGCGUGGCGAAACUGGAAAACGCCGAAGUGCUCUGCGAGGUCGAGGCCUACCCGCCGCCCGAUAACUUCAAGUGGUCCUUCAACAACACGGCAGAGCUGAUCGAGGUGCCCCAGAGUCGAUACCAGCCGGGGGCGAGCCGUUUCACAUCGCGUCUCAGUUACACGCCCAAAACUGACAUGGACUACGGGACGGUCAUGUGCUGGGCGAGCAACCUGGCCGGCCAGCAGCGUGAGCCGUGUGUUUUUCACAUUAUUACGGCCAGCAAGCCCGAUCCGCCGUUCAAUUGUUCCAUCGUCAAUCAGACGUCGGACUCGGUGGAGGUUGAAUGUAGCGAAGGUUACAAUGGCGGUCUACCGCAAUAUUUCAUAUUGGAGGUUCACGAGCAGCAAGGAGAGAAACUUUUGGCCAACGUAUCCUCAAACACUCCCUUGUUCGGCGUCACUGGAUUGGAAGCAGGAAAGGAGUUGAGGAUUGCGGUCUAUGGAGUGAACACCAGGGGGACGAGUGACCCAGCCACGCUGGAGGGAUACACGCUCAAGGUCGCUGAAAAACAAACAGUCCUGUCCCCGGCCACCAGGGAUCAGAACGAGCUGCAUCCAGUCCUGGGCAUAUUAGUGGGCCUGGUUUGCGUCCUGUCGCUGCUCGCCAUCAUAAUACUCUGGACUUUGCGUCUGAGGGGGGUCAGGCGGAAGGGAUUCCGCCUCGGGUUCCUAACCGGCAAGGAGAAGGCGGCCAUGUCGCUCAGAUCGGAAUCGGAGGACCUGUUCGAGAAGGACGAGAAGAACCCGGAUGUCAUUCCGACUAACAAAGAUUCCAAUCACCACCUGGAAUCCGCAGCCCAGACCCCAGGACCCAAUUCGCUGGAGGCAGCUGACGUCGACUACGUGGCUGUGGCGUGCGAGAUGACGCGAUCUCGCAGCAUCACACCCUCAGCCGAGGGUUACGCCGCAAGAGACAAGACACAGGCGUAUAACUUUCCGAACAAGAAUAGCGAAGUAACAUACGCGGAGCUAGCUCUCGCAAGACCCAGCACCUUACCAACGUGCAAGAACGGAGUGAACCAACCAGAGAACCAAAAGAUCAGGGACGAUCCAACAAUUUAUGCACAAAUCGACCACAGCAAGAAGGCAUAUCCACAAAAGCCAACCCUGAAGUCUCCUCCAUUGGUGUCUCCUGUUUCAUCUUUAUUUCCUGUUACAAAACCAGCUUUCCACCAGCGUGAGGUGAUCACGAUCAGGACACCAUUGAUGGGUCAUCAGCAAGAAAGUUGCGUGUAAAAGAGGAUGGUUGAGAAUUGAGUCCAAAUAAAAAAAAACAGUCGAUGUUUUAAGAGAUUUCUUCCCAACAGUUCUUAAUCGGUGGUGUUGAAAUAUCAGGGUGGUAUUCGGAGAGGAAGAUAGUGAAAUAAAAAGAGCCAUGAAUAUAAGGGACGAUAUAAGACGAUUAGAAGGUCAAUAAAUAAGCCUUCUAUUAUCUUCUGUUCCUCAUAUUUUUAGGUUGAAUUCAAUUCUUGGAGCAGUACUCAUUUCAUCAUCAUUGAAGAUAAUAAUUUCGAUCAGUUGAAACAUCAAAGCCAAAUCUAUAAUAAGCUGUACCACUGUGCGUCUUUUAUGUCGAAUCAACAAGAAUCAUUAUUUCAUGAUACGAAACUGGUCACAUCUUGAAGAUAAAACCACAUCAAGUAUCAAUUAUAACGUCAAACUAAGGCAAUAGUUAAGCAUGGAUAUCGCAAGGAAAUAACAAAACAAUCGAUCACAAAAGUAGACCCUGGACAGUAACAAAUUAUUCACCAAUAUCCAUAUCGGUGCUAUACAUUUUUCUAUUUGAGUUUCAAUCACCACGGUACAUCUUUUUUUAAUUAUCUGAUUGGACUUCGGCCAGUAAUUUACGAUAGUGGGAGUUUUUGUCAAGAGGAGACUCGUUUAGGCGAUUGGAAUAACUUCCUUGUUGGUGUAGGCAAGUUCAAACAAAAUAAAUGAAUAUAAAGAAAAUAUUAUCUGCUAAGUGAUAUUUCAUUUUACGUGAUGACAUUAGAAAAAGUUGUUUCUCUGAUACGGUUCUUGGUUAAUGCAGGGUUCAUUAUAACGCUAUCAAUGUUUUUACAAAAACAGAUACAUUUGCAGAUCUUCUAUGCGGUAGCCAAGUUCAGUAAUGUAAUUCUGAGAGUAUCAUCACUUGUUGGUAUCCGCUAUUUCAACAUCGUUAGGUUGAUUUGGACAGCAUUCACCUGAAUUAUAUUCCGUCUGUAGCUCCAUGGCUAUAACUAUUAAAAAAACCAGCUAUCAAAAUCAACAACACCUGCUGAAGUUUUUGAAUAUUAGCCAGUA